CAGCCGCGGCAAUUUGUGAGGAAAGGAGGCGGCGGCGGGGCGGCGGCGGGAAGAGAGAGCGAGCGCGGAGCCUCCCUCGCGGCCCGGCCUGUCUUUCCCCGGAGGGCCGCGCCUGGGGUCGCUGCGUGGACGCCCAUCGGAGCGAUGAAGGAAAGCAUCCAAGACAAGAAGUACUGGGGGGCCUCCCCCGGCCUCCCCGACCCCAUAGGACACCCAGACCAAUUUUGCCAGCCUUCCCGGGGAUGGCGGGACCCGGAGCGCCAACGAGGCGGCUGCUUCGAAGGGAGCCGGCGCCUGGCCUGCGCCCAGAAGCCCCUCCCCAGUUUCAACCCCUUGUCCUCCAGCAGCGACGAGGAACAACGCGAGGGCCGAUGGGAUCUCUCCCGCGUCUCCAGCUGGGGGGUGGCGGAGGCCCCCUCGGCGCUCUCCCGGCACAAAGCCCCCCGGGGGAAGCUGGGCAGGAGCGGCAGGCAGGGGGCCUGGCCUUUCCACGUCGCCCAGGCCCGGCGGCGCCCGCAGCUCCUGGGGGCCUCCAGACAUUGUUUCCGCCGUAAGCGACAACGAGCGCUGCGCGCCUUCCGCAUGUUCCUGUACUCCAAGAGCUCCCUGGCUUUCCACUGGAAGCUGCUGGGCAAGAUGGCCGCCAAGGGACGCCGGCGGGGAGGGGCCAAGCGGGCCCGGUUGUCCAUGUCCCUCUCCCCCGGCUCCCAGCCCGAUGACGACCACCUGCCCGUCUUUAAGAAAAGCUGCCCUUUGGGAGCGGAGGCGGAGGACUGCCAGAGCGCGGCCAAGGGCCGGCCCCACCCUUCUGAGCCCUGCCUGGACUACGCCUUGGGGGGAGCCUUCCCCCCGUCUCCGUCCACGCCUCAGCACUCCCGCCUCGGCCUGCUGGGGGCCCUGAUGGACGAGGCGUCCCCCUAUCCUCAGUACAUGGAGCUCCAGCGGGUGAGCUUCGAGAAGGAGCCCGACGCGAUGGAAGUCGGGGUGGAAGAACCGGCCGCCCUCCUCAAAUACUCGCCCCGGGGGCUUCAAAUGUCCCCCAGGACUAGGAAGAUGGGAGACCCUCAGCACGGCCUGGACGGAGACGGAGACGCUCUGGAUGCCCUUCCCAACGGCUUUGCCUGUCUCCCUCCGGUGGACGGCGACCUCUGCUCCUUUUCCGGCUUGCCGGACGCCACAAUCCUCAUCAGCAACGUCUGUAGCAUCGGAGGCCACGUGGCCGAGGAACUUUUCCAAGGGAGCCGGGAGAGCGAGCGGCCGGCGGAUCCUUUGGCCGUCCGGGCGGAAGGCGAGGGCCGUCCGGUCGAGGCGGCUCCCGAAGAGAUCGAAGAGAGGCCGGCCGAGAACGUGGCUCAGCCCGGUCUGCUGCGGGAGGAACACAUCACGUGUGUGCACA